AUGUCUGUCCUAGCCUCUAUUGCCGGCUGGCUUGUAGCCUUUAUUUUCCUCAGCUAUCUGAUCCCACACACCUUUGUUGCUUGGUUUUACAAGACGCAAAACCUGAAGAAGAAGUACAAUGCUCGGUGGGCAUUGGUGACUGGUGCUAGUAGCGGUAUAGGCAAGGCUAUUGCCAGCCGUCUGGCAUCGCAGGGACUGAAUGUCGUCAUGGUGGCAUACCCAGACCCGCUCCUGGAAGCCAGCCAUGAGGAGCUCUCCGCCCGGUUUCCCAAUGUCACCCUCAAGAAGGUGCCGGUGGACCUUGGACGCCCAGGCUACAUGCCAGCUAUCGAGAAAGCUAUAGAAGGCAUAGAUGUCCAGGUGGUCUUCCUUAACGCUGGUUACGUCCUCACGGGCUUCUUCGCGGAUGUCGCGCUGGAGCGACAGAACGCCAACCUGGAGUGCAACGCCGUGAAUGCGGUCCAGAUAACCCAUGUGCUCCUCCAGAAACUGCUGGACAAGCACCUGAAGGGGUGCUUUGUGUACACCUCCUCCGCGGCGGCGGCCAUCCCAAACCCCUUCUCAGUUCUGUACGCUUCCACCAAGGCCUUCAUAUCAACUUUCGGCGCCUCCUUGGCGGCGGAGGUCAAGCCCAGCGGCAUUGACGUGCUCGUUUUCCACCCUUCCCCGGUGGCCUCCCGCUUCUACGACAAGGCGCACAAGCUGGACGCUAUGGAGUUCUUCAAGAAGAUGGCAGUGGACCCAGAGGACCUGCCAGACACCAUAUUUGCCUCCAUCGGCAGACUGGUGUGGAGGGAUGUCGGACCCACAGCCAUUGGCUUCCGCCUGCUGAUGAAGGUGCUGGACUACAACCUGUUCUCAACCCUGAUUGCUGUUUUCGGGCACCUCAUGCCCGAUUUCAAGCGCCACAUGAAGCCACGCGUGAAGAAGACCGAGUGA